CAGCGCGCCCGGUCCUCGUCGUCCCCGCCGCCCUGGUCGCCGCGCUUCGCCCGUUCCGGGCCGCGCCCAAGAGCUGCUGCCGCACCACUGCGGAGACGCAGCCGCCAAGCUUCAUCGCAGAGCGCCGCUCAGCCCUGCGUCCGCCAGCCUCCGGCCAGCCUCGUCUCCGCCAAACCCUCCCUCCCGGCCUCAUCCUCCCCAACCUGAUCUCCUCAAGCCUCAUCCUCUCCUAUCUUGAUCUCCUAAAACCGGAACCCUGCAAGCCUGAUUCUCCUCCCAGCUUGAUCCCUCAAGCCUGAUCCCUAAAACUUGAUCCACCCAACUUGUUCCCUCAAGGCCUGAUAGUUCAGAUUGACCUUCCCCUCAAACCUGAAAUCCCAAAGCUUCAUACCCUAAAGCUUGAUACCCGCAGCAUGAACCUUUCCAAAUGACCCUACCAGCUUGAUUCCUCCAAGACUGGUUACUCUUCAAGCCUGAUCCCUCACUCAGCCCUUAUCCUCUGCCUCAGUUUCCACAUUGUCCCAGGCCAAGCUUGAUACCCUGCCAGACUAAAAUUAUAUCCUCUGUCUCGUCCCUUUCUUCCCCGGACUAGCUUAAACCCCCUCAGUCCCCAGCCUCAGCUUCUGGCAUUAAUCCUCUGCAUAUUGGACCCUACCCUUAGGGUCUAGGCCUUAGGCCCAUCUAUCCCCUCCCCAUCCACGCUUUUGCCCCGCCCUCUAUCCCAGUGACUUCCUUGCUGCCUCCUAGCUAGGCUCCCUCGGGAGCCCCCUGGGCAAUCACCAACCUGCUUUCGAAGAGUUGGGACUGGUGCCCAGGAGGUGUGGACCACAGUCACCAGUUCCCUGCUGGGUCCCAGGGAGACCGCGCACUGAGGGACACGUCUCUUCCAAGUGCAACCCAGGGCAUGCUGGCAGCCCCGAGGGGCUGGGAGGCUCAGUUAGAGUCUAACCAGGUAGAUAGGGUUAGGCACAGGCGGAGACUCCCGCCAGCAUGGAAAGUCCGUACCCCUCGCCUGCAGCUGCCAUGGAAGCUCCUUGGACCCUUUAGAAGCUUCUCGCCGCCAUCACAGGAGCCCCAGAGGAUGUCUGGUGGGGUCUCGCCGGUUGAGCAGGUGGCCGCAGGCGACAUGGAUGACACAGCAGCACGCUUCUGUGUGCAGAAGCACUCAUGGGAUGGACUUCGCAACAUUAUCCAUGGUAGCCGCAAGUCAUCGGGCCUCAUCGUCAGCAAGGCCCCCCAUGACUUCCAGUUUGUGCAGAAGCCUGAUGAGUCUGGCCCUCACUCUCACCGCCUCUAUUACCUGGGAAUGCCUUAUGGUAGCCGAGAGAACUCCCUCCUCUACUCCGAGAUCCCCAAGAAGGUACGGAAGGAGGCCCUGCUGCUGCUGUCCUGGAAGCAGAUGCUGGACCACUUCCAGGCCACACCUCACCAUGGUGUCUACUCACGAGAGGAGGAGCUGCUGCGGGAGCGCAAGCGCCUGGGCGUCUUUGGUAUCACUUCUUAUGACUUCCACAGCGAGAGUGGCCUCUUCCUCUUCCAGGCCAGCAACAGCCUGUUCCACUGCAGGGAUGGUGGCAAGAAUGGCUUUAUGGUGUCUCCGAUGAAGCCUCUGGAGAUCAAGACGCAGUGUAGUGGGCCACGCAUGGACCCCAAGAUCUGUCCCGCAGACCCUGCUUUCUUUUCCUUCAUCAACAACAAUGACCUGUGGGUAGCAAACAUUGAGACUGGGGAGGAACGGCGUCUCACCUUCUGUCACCAGGGUUCAGCCAGUGUUCUGGACAAUCCCAAGUCAGCAGGUGUGGCCACCUUCGUCAUCCAGGAGGAGUUUGACAGGUUCACUGGGUGCUGGUGGUGCCCCACAGCCUCUUGGGAAGGUUCGGGAGGCCUCAAGACCCUACGCAUCCUGUAUGAGGAAGUGGACGAGUCUGAGGUGGAGGUUAUUCAUGUGCCCUCCCCUGCCCUGGAGGAGAGGAAGACAGAUUCCUACCGCUACCCCAGGACAGGCAGCAAGAAUCCCAAGAUUGCCCUGAAGCUGGCUGAGCUCCAGACGGACCAUCAGGGCAAAAUCGUGUCAAGCUGCGAGAAGGAACUGGUACAGCCAUUCAGCUCGCUUUUCCCCAAAGUGGAGUACAUCGCCCGGGCUGGCUGGACACGGGAUGGCAGAUAUGCCUGGGCCAUGUUCCUGGACCGUCCCCAGCAACGGCUCCAGCUUGUUCUCCUGCCCCCUGCUCUCUUCAUCCCAACCCUUGAGAGUGAGGCCCAGCGGCAGGAGGCUGCCAGAGCCAUCCCCAAGAACGUGCAACCCUUCAUCAUUUACGAAGAAGUCACCAAUGUCUGGAUCAAUGUCCAUGACAUCUUCCACCCGUUCCCUCAGGCUGAGGGCCAGCAGGACUUUUGUUUCCUCCGUGCCAACGAGUGCAAGACUGGCUUCUGCCACCUGUACAGGGUCACGGUGGACCUUAAAACCAAUGACUAUGACUGGACGGAACCCCUCAGCCCUGCGGAAGAUGAGUUUAAGUGCCCCAUCAAGGAGGAAGUUGCCCUGACCAGUGGCGAGUGGGAGGUCUUGUCGAGGCAUGGCUCUAAGAUCUGGGUCAAUGAGCAGACGAAGCUGGUGUACUUUCAAGGGACAAAGGACACACCCCUGGAACAUCACCUCUACGUGGUCAGCUACGAGUCAGCUGGGGAGAUCGUGCGGCUCACCACGCCUGGCUUCUCCCACAGCUGCUCCAUGAGUCAGAACUUCGACAUGUUCGUGAGUCACUACAGCAGCGUGAGCACGCCGCCCUGUGUGCAUGUGUACAAGCUGAGUGGCCCCGAUGAUGACCCACUGCACAAGCAGCCGCGCUUCUGGGCCAGCAUGAUGGAGGCAGCCAGUUGCCCUCCAGACUAUGUACCCCCUGAGAUCUUCCACUUCCAUACCCGUGCAGACGUGCAGCUCUACGGCAUGAUCUACAAGCCACACACCCUGCAACCUGGGAGGAAGCACCCCACUGUGCUCUUUGUCUAUGGGGGCCCACAGGUGCAGUUGGUGAACAACUCCUUCAAGGGCAUCAAGUACCUGCGGCUCAACACACUCGCAUCCUUGGGCUAUGCUGUGGUGGUUAUCGAUGGUCGGGGCUCCUGUCAGCGGGGCCUGCACUUUGAGGGGGCCCUGAAAAAUCAGAUGGGCCAGGUGGAAAUUGAGGACCAGGUGGAAGGCUUGCAGUAUGUGGCUGAGAAGUAUGGCUUCAUUGACUUGAGCCGUGUUGCCAUCCAUGGCUGGUCCUAUGGUGGCUUCCUCUCGCUCAUGGGGCUCAUCCACAAGCCACAAGUGUUCAAGGUAGCCAUUGCGGGUGCUCCUGUCACUGUGUGGAUGGCCUAUGACACAGGGUACACAGAACGAUACAUGGAUGUCCCCGAAAACAAUCAGCAAGGCUACGAGGCAGGGUCUGUAGCCCUGCACGUGGAGAAGCUGCCCAAUGAGCCUAACCGCUUACUCAUUCUCCAUGGCUUCCUGGAUGAGAACGUUCACUUUUUUCACACGAAUUUCCUGGUGUCCCAGCUGAUCCGAGCAGGGAAGCCGUACCAGCUCCAGAUUUACCCAAAUGAGAGACACAGCAUUCGCUGCCGUGAGUCCGGAGAGCAUUACGAGGUGACGUUGCUGCACUUCCUGCAGGAACACCUGUGACCUCAGACCUGCGUCCUUACACCACUGCUGCUUUUCUUGUGUUUUUGUAAUCUUUUAAUUUUUGAAGCUUCCAAUUUGUUUGCUUGCUGCUGCCUGGGGGCCAGGACAAAGGUGGUGAUGGCCCCCAUGCCACCGUCCUUGAGCUGGUGAGAAGCUGCGACUGUGUCCACAGCCUCUGUCAGGCUGCCAUGGCCCUGAAUGUACAGCACCAUCCCAGCGCAGAAGCAUGCGCCCCCCACCGCCUCCUGCAGAGUCAUGUGUGCUUGGGGUGGGCAUUUUAAAUAAUUAUUUAAAAGACAGGAAGUUGGCGGUACCGAGCAAUGAAAUUGAAGGUACAGCACUGGGUGGCUGGGGACCCCACGCUCUCCCAACACCCAGACUGUGGAGCUGCCAGGUCCCCAUCUGGGAGCCUUCUGCCCUACCUGUAUGCUGCCCAGCUCCUCCCCACUCACCACCUAGGGGUGCCAGGGUCAGGAAUAGGACCUGUCCUUCCCCACCCCCUCCUACCAGAGUCCAGCAUAAAGAAGUAAAAAAAGAAAAAGAAAAAACAAAAAAAACAAACCAGAAACCACCUCUACAUAUUAUGGAAAGAAAAUAUUUUUGUCAAUUCUUAUUCUUUUAUAAUUAUGUGGUAUGUAGACUCAUUAAAUGAAUCCAAAUGAAAAUGG